GAGAAGAUAUGAACCAAAAAUCAAAUAACAAUUUGCUUCCAAUCAUUUUGGUACCAUACUAUCUCAAGUCGCACUUUGAAUCUUGUAUGGUCACUUACAAAUGUAAACGCACUGACUUCUCACGACUUAACUGUCCAAUUGAAAUGUUGAAUUAGACCCUCAUCAACUAGCUCACCUAUGAUGCAUGCUUGAACUUCCCUUCCCUUUCCCUCUAUAUAAAUGAUCAUCUCCCCUGCUUCAUCAGCCAUGAUACUACUUUUUUCUGCUCUUUAAUUAGUAAAAAGGGUUUGAAAAGGGCAAAAAAAAAAAAAAAAUCAUUUUCUAGCAGAAAAGAAACCAUGAAGAAUAAUGAUCAGGUACAAAAAGCUCCAAAGCCAGAGCCCAAAUACAGGGGAAUUAAAGCUAUGCCCUUUGUCAUAGGAAAUGAAACGUUUGAGAAGCUUGGUACAAUUGGAACCUCAUCCAAUCUAUUGGUUUAUUUAACCACUGUUUUUCACAUGAAUUCCAUCACUGCGACUAAUGUUGUCAAUGUCUUCAAUGGUACUUGUGGUUUUGGUACUUUGGUUGGAGCUUUUCUUUCCGACACUUACUUCGGCCGAUACAAUAUGCUCGGAUUCGCUUCAAUUUCUUCUUUCCUGGGGAUGCUCAUACUAACACUUACAGCAGCGGUUUCCGGUCUUCACCCGCCGGACUGCACCGGAAACGCCACCAAAUGUGUCGGAGCAACGCCGUGGCAGAUUACAUUUCUGUUCAGCGCAUUCGGGUUGUUGAUCAUCGGGGCAAGUGGAAUCAGGCCCUGUAACUUAGCCUUUGGAGCAGAUCAAUUCAACCCGAAAACCGAUUUCGGCCGAAGAGGGAUCAACAGUUUCUUCAAUUGGUAUUACCUGACGUACACUUUCGCCAUGAUGGUGUCGUUGACGGUCAUCGUGUACGUACAAUCGAAUGCCAGCUGGUCAAUCGGUUUGGCGAUUCCGACGUUUCUGAUGUUCUUGUCCACUGCUGUGUUCUUUCUGGGUACGAGGAUUUAUGUCAUAGUUUUGCCCGAAGGAAGCCCUUUGGUUGGUGUGGCUCAGGUUGUGGUUUCCGCCUUUAAAAAGAGGAAAUUGAAGCUGCCGGAAGUUCCUGAGAUCUCUCUGUUUAACUAUUUCUCUGCUGACAGUACUAUCAAUGCAAGGCUUCGUUUUACACAUCAGUUCAGGUUCCUCAACAAAGCAGCAAUUAUAACACCUGAAGACGAAAUCAACACCGACGGACUAGCAGCAAACCGAUGGAGACUUAGCACAAUUCAGAACGUGGAGGAAGUAAAAUGCUUAAUAAAAGUAAUCCCUAUAUGGAUAGCCGGCAUUAUCUACUUCAUUUCAGUUGUUCAAGCCCAAAACUAUGUCGUGUUCCAAGCACUUCAGUCCGACAGGCACGUUGGACCUGGCAACUUCGAGAUCCCUGCAGCUUCCUACAUCAUUUUCGCAAUGUUAACCCUAACUAUAUGGAUCCCAGUUUUCGACAGGCUUAUUGUACCAUGGCUAAGAAGAAAAACAGGAAAAGAAGGCGGUCUUACCAUCUUGCAAAGGAUGGGGAUUGGAAUGACAUUGUCAAUUCUCACAAUGGUCACGUGCGGAUUGGUUGAGGAUAAGCGAAGGAUCAUCGCACUCACUCGCCCGACAAUAGGAUUUAAUGCCAGAAAAGGAGCAAUUUCAUCCAUGUCGGGUUUUUGGCUAGUUCCACAACUAGUCUUAUCAGGGCUCACAGAGGGCUUCACAGUUAUCGGCUUGAACGAAUUUUUCUACCAACAGUGUCCUGAAAACAUGAGGAGCAUGGCUAUGGCUUUUAUUUUUGUUGGCUUUGCUCUAUCCAGUUACUUAAGCAGUGGGAUAAGUUCAAUAGUGCUAAGUAUAACAAGGGGGAAAAAUGGAGAAAGCUGGUUAGCUGAAGAUCUAAACAAGGGAAGAUUGGAUUACUUCUAUUAUUUGCUCGGAGGGUUGCAACUACUCAAUUUGAUGUACUUUCUAGUAUGUGCAAAGUGGUACAAGUACAAAGACAUUGUAGAUGACUCCUCUAGUGAAGUAGCUUUGGAGAAAUUCCAUGCAGAAGAAAAGGCCAUCCCUGUUUGAGUAUUUGUUGUUACUUCCCAGAAAGAAAUACAUAAGUUUUCGCAACACAAGUGCCUAUACUUAUCAGAAAGCAAAGAAGUCUAUGCACAUAGUGAAUUCCUUCAGUAAAAUAUAAGUAUCAACCUGAUAUGAUAAAGUUUUACAUUUGAUUGCAACCUGGGUAGAAAAAAUCAUAAUUUUAUUCAAGUUCUAACUAGAAUGAGCAAACCUGCUGUGCAGCAGCUCAUCACUAAUAAACUUAUAAAAGAUUAUUUCUGGUCGUAACUGCAUGAGCUAAUCAGUCCCUACUCGAUCUACACAUGAACAUAACAAACCUUCUUUUGCAAAACCCUAAAAGACGGAAUUUUCUCAUUUCUGGUACUUGGAGGGUAUAAAACAUAGACAGGAGAAGAUCUUUAUAAGAAAAUCUGAUAGAGUAGGGGGCAUGCGAAGAAACAAGAAGAGAAGGGAGCAGGGGAUGUCUAACAUUAAUAACAAACCAUGCCAACAAUAUCAACACAAGCAUCUUAUGCAUCGAUCAUAAAGUGACACCUUCAAUGUCUCAUUUUAAUAUUCCAAUUUAUUGAACUAAAACAGUAAAAACAAAGUGGAUUAUCAAAAAGGGACGGAUGAUAUAAUUUUGUUCCGUGAAACAGAGUGAAGCCAUCAGACAAUGGUUCCAGACUUCCAUCAACUUAUUCUAACUAAUACAGAGUCAAAUCAUGAGCUAUCUACUUCGAAAAGCAGGGGACUUGAUACUGAGUUACCAGUGAACUGUAACAAACAAACAUCAAAAUUGAACACUUGGAUCACAGAUGGUCACAGUGCUUUUCUUUUCCUUUCUAAUUUCUAGUCAUUAUCAGUUAUAUUUGAUAGAAACCAGAUAGCAAAAGCAAAUAUGACGUAUUUUGCUUCAACCAAGAUCAAGCUAGAAAUAUAUGUAAUAUACAAUAACAGAAGAAGGUAGAAUUAGUGAAUUACUCAACAGUGUUUAAAAUGCAGGAGACUUGAUGCUGAGUAACAGUGCAAUGUAACAAACACAAAUUAAAUUGAACACUUGGAUUAAAAAAAGUCACAAACUCAACUCUGUCACGUGCUUAAUUUUAUUAAUUUCUAAUUUGUACUCACUAUUAGUUAUACUCGGAAAAACCAGAUAGCAAAAGAAAAUAGAAUGUAUUUUGCUUCAACCAAGAUCAAGCUAGAAAUAUGUAUAAUAUACAAUAACAGAAGAUGGCAGAAUUAGUGAAUUAUUCGACAGUCUUUAAUAGUCCCAAGCUGAAAAUAGGAAAAGCUGAUAAACUUCAGCUCUUCAACUUUGACGAAUUUAAACUAAACUAUCACUCCUGCAGUCAUACUAGCUCCUAGAUGCCCAGAAACAACCAAAUGACACUUCUAGCUCCUGGAUGCCCAGAAACAACCAAAUGACACUUUGCAAAGUUUUUGGUUAAAGGUUUGCCAAAAUUUCUUUGCACCAACAAAGGAGGCUUGAACUAAGCUUUCCACAUAAUUAUCUACUUGGGAAAGCUUGUCAGAGAUACUUGCAUAACCUUUCACAUAAUCCACAUUUCUUGAAUCUCUGGGUCAUAAACAACAAGGUUUGUCUCCAUUCUCUUCUUUAUCAAUAUAACCAAAAAUAUUCCUACCUGCAGUGACAGCAGGUCGUAGUAGUGAUAGGCCCAAACCCAAACUAUUUAGUAUGUAAAAUUGUUUCACCCGUACAUUGACCGGAUGGUCCCAUAAAAUCGCAUAUUGCAAGGAACUAAUGUUAGAAUAUCAGCCUAGAACCACCUCACUCAAUCGUUGCAAGUAAGGAACCACUGUAAUCAUAGUUCCCAACCAAGUGAACAUAGAAAAACGCAAGACUGGCCUUUUUCAGCGCUACCAUCCUACAGAAACCUCUUGUGAAUUAAACAAAUUUCAAAAGGUGACAAAAUAUUACAGAUACCAAUGGGUGUCUGAGCAUACAGGACCAAGGCUAUAUACUUACUACUACCACAUGAAAAAGGGUUUUUUUUUUUUUUAAGGUAAAAAAUUUCAUUGGAUGUAAGCAUGAAUGAGUUCUUUAAGCUGAAAAUUUCUAACUUGAAGGAUCUCGCCGGUGGGUGAUUGGUGAGUGUGAAAAUUUGAUCACUAUGUAAAAUCCUGGGCUCACAGAAUCGUACCCAAAACCAACAGCAGGGGGUAAGAAAACCAAAACAUACACUAUGGAGGCAACAAAAUCCAUUGCCCACAAAGCAUGGUUCCACAAGUAAAAUUUUUAGUCGGAAUUACAGUGACAAUUUUUAAUCAAGCAAAAAACAUCCCAUCCGAACACAACUUACUAACCGAAUUCGGCUGCAGAGAAAGACUGAAUUCUGGCCCUUGUUGCCACCAUCAAGGUCACCGUUGCAAAUCGAGUAGCCGCAGCCACAGUAGACGGAGUCCUGAUCCAAGACGGCGGUGUAAAUUAUCAAUACAGACUCUUCUGGGUGGUUCCACCGGCCGGAUUUUGGAGAUGAGACACAGCAAAGUUCCUUCUUUUCUUUGAGAACAUGAAAGUGUACAAUGGUUUGCUCACAUAAGACAAUCUAACGAGGCUCUUUCACAAGAAGUUGAACUGAAAUUCUCUCAGAAAUUUCAUUCGAAAAUUGGGGAACUAGUAAAAUAUUUGAAUUUGAUGAUUCUGCCACGUUCAUCUGCUCCAAAAAGCCGGAAUGAAUAUACUGCUGAGAGCAAAUAUAAAAUUAUACUCGAUUUACA